AUGAGUAAGGUUGUGAGAAGUGGGGGGCCGUCGUAUGAUAGUAAGAGCACCAACAAGAUCCCACGAAAGUAUCAUCUUGCAACUGAGUCUGAACAUAUCCUGGCGCCAUCAUCGCCUCGGGUCAUCAUUGCAAGCUCAACGUCAUGGUCAGGCUCGUCUUCGACUAAGACAGCUCGAUGGGUAGGCAGCAUAGGAGGACCGCUCAGCCGAGCUUUGCUUUCUUUUCAAUUCUCAUUUCCCAUUGUACCAGCUUUUCAACAGAUGGGUGCACCUCUAACGACAAAUAUUCUACCGCUGACGAAGGAGGCAGAGGGAUUGAGGAAGACACGACUGCUGAUGAUGCCACAGUCUGUUUCAGCGUGUUGUGGUUUCCGAAGUCGACCCAAGCGUGCUACUCGCGACCAAAAAUCGUCAGAACUCGAAAAUAUCCUGCUUGGAGAUGCUGUUGAGUUGCGUCCGUCAGGAUUCACUGCGCAUAGCGCUAUCGGGGUACAAGGGCUAUGUGAUGUUUGUAAAUCUGGCAUCCACCAUUUUCAGGAAGACGGCAGCCAAUGUCAGGAUACCCAACAGCAGACGCUACACAAUGCGUUUCAAGCACGCUGA